AUGGAUUCGCGCAUCCCGCGGUCGGCGCCGUCGGCUACACAGUGCGAUGCGCUUGAUUUCGAGCGGACGUACCCAAUGCUGGCGGAGAUCACGUUUGAUACGCGGAUGAUUAGGCUGGACUUGGCGACCGCCAACGCGCUCCGCCGCAGAUGUGAGGAGAGCCGGCACAGCCUCGGCCGCGGCGAGCUCGUCGACGAGGAUGAUGGUUGUGUCCUAGACGCACUUGCGCAGGCCGUCGACAGCGCCAUGACCGAGAUGGGCAUCAAGCACGCCUUUGUCCGGCUCUCGACGCGGUCACCCAAGGAUGCCCGGAUCCAGUCGGGUGAGGCCAUGUCGGCACUCAUCGACGAGGCGCUGUGCGACUUUGCGUCCGAGAACAACGGCUUUGACGCCUCGGGCGACAGCGACGCGGUGGUGGCGUCGGUCAUUCGGGCGUGCGCCCAGGUCAACGCGGUCGCAAGCGGGAGCGAGGCUGUCGAGCUGCUUGGCAGCUCACGGCGGGUCUUCCAGGAUCUCAUCGGCCGGCUGCUCAUGGCAGACGACGACGACUCGCUCGAGCUAGCGGUCCUAGUCAGGGCGUGGGCCGACGACGUAUUCCACGAGCAGGAGCUCAGGUGCUGGGUAUACUCGCGCCGACUCACGGCGGUGACCCAGUAUUACAAGGCGCCGUAUCUGGCGGCGUUGGACGCCGCAAGGGCCUCGCUCGUGCCUGCCCUCGAGGCCUGGUUUGCCACAGAGCUCCUGCCGCGCCUGCCGCCCGAGGUCGACACCUGCGUUGUCGACAUCCUCCCGAGAUGCAUUUUCACGCCACACACCGGCGAUCACCACUUUUAUCUUGUCGAGCUCAACCACUGGGCGGCGACGACCUCAUCGUCGCUGUUUGAUUGGGCCUCGGACGCUGAGCUCCUCUGCUCAGGCGGCGACGGCGGCGAGGUGGUGUGGCGAAUCCGCUUGCCGACAGCAUGUACCCUGAAAAACGAGCAGUGA